CAACUCGUUAAGAAAAUGAUGUCUCCGAAGAAAAUGUGUUUUCUUAUCUUCACUUCAAAUGAACGUACUACUGCUGUGACCGGAAGUAGGAUUUACAACUUCCGGUUAAAUUACAAAAUAUGCAGCGCCGCAGUUGUCAUUCACUUUCGCGUGUGUUUCUCCUCUGCUCCUUGUCUCAGCCUGAACAGAACAUAUCUAAUGAUGUUAACCCCAUCGAAGGACGGGAUGCCCAGUAUGAUAGACAAGGCGCUGAGGAUGAGGAGGGAGGAACAGGCUCGUCAGGUGGUCCUGGCCUGGGCUGUCCUCAACGUGUCUCUAGCUGGCAUGCUUUACACUGAAAUGUCAGGGAAAUUGCUGAGUCAUUACUUCAGCAUCACGUACUGGCCUAUCUGGUAUAUUGAACUGGUGCUAGCCUCUCUAUUUAGCCUCAAUGCCCUUUUUGACUUCUGGAAAUAUUUUAAAUACACCAUGGCCCCCUCCACCAUUGCUGUAUCCCCUGCGCAGCAUCACCUACUGGGUCUGAGAAACACAAGUAUUCAGGCCUCUCCGCCACAAAAGCCAGAGAAAAAAGAGACCCCAGCCCCGGCCCAGUCAUCUCCGCUGCAGGGCCAGAGCGUGCUAAGUUUCAGCCCCUCACGGCCGGCCACCACCAGCCCUAAAUUCUCCCCCAGCUGUGUACCUGGGUACAGCCCUCCUCUCAGUAGCCCACCCACCCCAAACAGUGCAGGGGGCCCCUUUUCCCCCUCAGUGGCCUUCGGAAAGGUGUUGAACUACAGUCCCUCCCCUGGCUCCUCGCCCUACCCCAGCUGCAUUGGACCAGCAGAAGGCUCCAGCUUGAGAGCUCGAUAUCGCACAUCCCCCUCUGUGUUUAACUCGCCUGGAAGCAAAGAGGACUACAUGGAGGAUCUGAAAAGCCUGGAGAGAUUCCUCCGCACAGAGGAGGAGCGGAGUCACCGCAGCCAGUUAGGAAGUCCAGAGUCUGUGUCUCCGAGCCACAGCCCAACAUUUUGGAACUACAACCGCUCAGUGGGAGAUUACGCCCAGAGCCUGAGGAAGUUCCUGUACCAGCCGGCCUGCCGCUCUCUGGCCCCGUCUGCCCACAAGGAUGAGACAGAUCUGGGCUCCAAGCAGGCUGCAGAGGAGGUGUGGGCCAGAAUCACCACCAGUCGUCCUGUAGUGGACCGCAUUGAUAGCUGGACAGCCAAGCUUAGAAAUUGGAUCAGUGACACCAUCUUGGUCCCCCUGGUCAAGGAAACCGACUCUGUCAACAGCCAGCUCAGGAGGAUGGGCUGCCCGGAGCUCCAGAUCGGAGAGGCCAGCAUAACCAGCCUGAAACAGGCAGCAGUGAUGAAAGCCUCAUCCAUCCCCACUAUAAACUCUAUUGUUCAGUAUCUGGACAUCACUCCCAACCAGGAGUAUCUAGUGGAUCGCGUAAAGGAGCUGGCCCACAGCGGCUGCAUGAGCUCCUUCCGCUGGAACGGUGGUGGUAAUCUGAAGAACAGGAAAUGGGACACUGACCUCCCCACUGACUGUGCUAUCCUCAUGCACAUGUUUUGUACAUACUUGGACUCCAGACUGCCUCCACACCCAAAGUACCCAGAUGGGAAGACUUUCACUUCUCAGCACUUCAGCCACACCCCAGAGAAACCUGAUGUUACCAAGGAGACUCUCUUCUGCAUCCACCAAAGCAGCACAACUCCCCCUCACUACCAGCUCAUCUACCAGGGACAUAUCUACAGUUUACCCAAGGGCAGGAACAACCUGUUCCACACAAUCCUAAUGUUCCUUUAUCUCAUUAAGACUAAGGAGUCAGGGAUGCUGGGGAGAGUAAAUCUUGGCCUCUCUGGUGUAAACAUCUUGUGGAUAUUCGAGAACUGAUGAUGAUGACGACUGAUCAUCAUUUACCAAGCAACAAAAAGCUGCAAGUGGAUUUUUGUUCUACACUGGUCGGACUACCACCUCAUCUUAAGGACUGCUCUUUUUGGGGCACAUCAGAAGCAGCAUUAGCAUAUGGAAAGACAACAAAUGCAUAUUUUUGGAAGUUUUCUCAAUUUUAGUGUCCAAAUGGGUAACAUACUGUGUUGUCAUUUCAAGGACACAUUUACGUUGCCCCACGGUGUGCUUAUGAUACACUGCAGAGCAGUAUUUUUUAAACUUGUGCUUGGUUUUCUGAUUUUUGUAUUUUGAGAAUGUACCAUCAUGGCAGACUUGUAAAUAAUAUACCUCGGAUGUAUCUCGUGAAUUGUAAACGGCUCUGAGCCAUUACGCAUUGUUGCAAAUACAGUUUGUGCAGACUUGACUUUGGUUUCUUCAGCUUCAAUAACCUGGGUUGCAGCUUUUCUUUUCCCUGUAGUUGAAUGGUUGUCGUCUGUUGUAGGGACGCUCCUGACAUGCUUGAAGUCACCUACAGAAAUUGGACUUGUGAAAAGGAAAGCAAUACACAAUAUUCAAGUAUUGAAUUAUUCUGUUCUAGUGAAGCUUCUCAUAGUACUAGGCUGCAAUGCAACUCAUAACUAUGUACAGUGUUAAUUGAUAUGUGAUGGAGAACAAAUGAAAUGCCUGUGAAAUCACCAAAGUCUUUUUCUGAGAAUAUAACGUAUUUUACAAAAGCCAUUUGUUACAUUUCAAACCCUCCACAUGUUUGCUUGUUUUCAAUGAUGCUAUUUUACAAGUGUCAAGACUUUAAAAUAAAAUGUAGAUAUUGAAAAUAAA